AUGGCGUUCAACGACAACGGAUCCGAUACCACGUUGAUCACCAAACGCUUCACCGUAAACCACAACAUCACAACCCUACCAUCUUCCCCGAUCACCACGGUGAACGGUACCAAGGUGACGUCCACCGAUCAAGCAAACGUGACGUUGGUUUCGCUAGACAAUGGGGAACGAGUAGAGGUGACGGAAGCUUGCACCAUCGCCGACUUGCCGAUGCGAGCAGUGGAAUCGAUCGGGAAAUUAGCAACGCGCUGGCCGCACCUGCGAGACUUGUGUUUCAAAGAAGCCGACUCUCUUGAAGUCGAUUUGCUAAUAGGGUGUGACGUGCCCGAAGCACACUGGGUCCUGAACCAGAGACUGGGCGGCAGGGGAGAACCAUAUGCUGCUCACACCAUGUUCGGGUGGACGUUGUUCGGACCGCCUCACGCGACGAAUCGUAAACCGUUAUCGGUUAACUUCAUCAACACCACCGCUAACAACGAUUCGAUCGAACAAGCUCUCCAAAGGAUGUAUGAUAAUGAGUUCGAUGUUCUGAACGACCAGAAGGGGGGCCCUUCUGUAGAAGACAAUCAGGCGUUAGCAAUACUUAAAACGGACACGAUGCCAGCCCGACCGGUUUAA